AAGCAAUCUGUAUUUUCUACCAUGGGUUAACAUAAAUUUUGUACAACUUUGAAUAUUGAUCAAUAGCAUCAUCGUGGUGUUAUCUGGGAACAAGAGUUGUAUGAUGGUUUUGAGUUCAAGCAGCAAACGCCGUUCUUUUAUACGUUUGCAACAGACGAAUAUAUGGCAGGCUUAUCUUUCACAAAUGAAGACGAUGCAGAAGUUUUCUACAACAAAAUAAGUACUAGGGAAGCAUUUGUUAGUAAAUCUUCCAAGACAAACAAAAAGACUAAAGACACAGGAGGUAAAAAGCCAAAAGGAAAACUGGACAAAUCUCUUAUUGGUUUACCUUCAGAAUUCAGACACGUGGGUCACAUUGGCUAUACACCCGAGAAAGGAUUCAGGGUGCAGAAUAUAGAUCCUGAGUGGAAUGGAUUAUUUGAUCAAUUGAAGGAUUUGGGUAUAUCAGCCGAAGAGAUUCAGGAAAAUGAAGAUUUUAUAAAAGACUUUGUCAAUCAAAGAGGCGGCCCGCCUCCUCCCCCUCCUAGAGUUGGUUCGACCGGUCCAUCAAAGACUCGCGCACCCCCACCUCCACCUCCUUCAAGACGUCAAGCCCCUCCUCCUCCUGCACCCGUUGGAGGUCGUCGACCGCCUCCUCCUCCACCACCCUCUCGCCGUAACCCUACGCCUCCGCCUCCGCCUCCCACACACCCUACUCCUGCAGCUCCAGCUGGCUCUGGAUCACCCAUCCCUCGCUCUGCUAUACCAGCACCGCCACCUCCUACUUCUGGACGUCAACCUUUUCAUCGUAUCGAAGAGUCACAGCAACAGCGAUCGCCAUCGUCUCCCCUAUCGAAUUCAGCAUUGGCACCAUCUCAACCACCUCCACCGCCACCGCCACCUCCACCUCCAGUGACUAGAACACAGCUUCCUUCUACGCAGCAUACAAGUGUACCAGCUCCUUCGACGAAUGCUUUCCAAUCUGCGCCUAUGUCACCUCAUGUUGAUAAGUCUAGACCACCCGUACCGAAGAUUCCUCCCCAGCAACCCUCUUUGAUAGCUGAAUCAGAAGAUAACCAAUACUCCGAAGCUGCUCCGAUAGCUGAAGCCGCAUCUUCUUCUCCACCUGCACCUAUAGCGAGCUCACCUGUUGGUGGUGGUGCUCCCUUUAAAUCGAAUAAUCCUUAUAAAAUGCUCUCGCAACAAGAUUUAGAUGUCACCCGUGGCACGUCAGCAUCUUCAACGCAGACAACUGCAGCUGCACCACCUCCGCCUCCUCCUCCGCCUCCUCCACCACCACCACCACCUCCCUCUGUACCUCAAUCAAUGGCUGCUGCUACAAAUUCCACUCCUCCCCAAGCUCCACGAGGGCCUCUUCCUCCACCACCGCCUCCCAUCCCAGACCCAUCUUUUGAACAGCAAUCUUAUCAGCAGGUUGAAGAAGAGGAGGAGGAUGACGACUUUCAAGAUGCGAUGGAAGCACCUGCUCCUCCACCUUUAUCAACUUUACCUACUCGUCGACCUACAUCACCACCAUCUCAACCUCCACCACCCGUUCCUCCUAUGCCUAAUAGAUCUAUGCCGCCGCUUCCGCCACCACUUCCUAAUAGAAGUAGAAGAGGAGGGCCUCCUCCACCUCCGCCAACGGGCCAAAGACCCAAUGCUCGUAUCCCCGCACCUAGUUCUGCACCUCCACCUCCACCACCACCACCACCACCUCCUGCUCCUAUGCUUUCAGUGAAUGGCGGCCCACCUCCACCCCCUCCUCCUCCACCUCCGAUGCCUUCUAUGCAUCACGAAGCUGUACCAGCUGCUUCGCCCGCUAAAAGUGAUUCUAAUUUGCCUGUGGUGACCGAUAGUCGCAGUGCUCUAUUAGACGCUAUUCGUGGUGCGGGUGGUAUUUCUUCGUUAAGAUCAACACCUGUAGGAGCGAGGAGGGAUAGGAGCAGUCCACUUACGCCAUCGAAUGCAGCAGGAGCUGCUACGAAUGGUACUGGCAGUGCGCCAGCGAAUGAUUUAACAGCUAGUUUGUUAGCGGCUUUGAAUGAUCGUAAAAAGGCUGUAACUCAAUCAGACGACGAUUCAGAUAGUGACGAGGGAAGUGAAUGGGAUGAUUAAGAAACAGGAAUAGUGUUUUUGCCUCUCUUUACGCAACUCUACUGCUAUAAUAAUAAUUACUACAUACUAAUUUAUCAUUUCGCUCACUACAUAAAGCUGAGUACUGUGAAUAAACAAUGAAUAGUCAUAGAAUAAAAAAAAUUCAGCUAAAUGAGCAUGACAUAGUUU